AUUGGUACCAGUUUAACCAUAGGAGUGCCGAUUAUUUUGCAAGGAAAAAAAAACGUAACUUACAAUUACCAGGCUUUACUUAACAUGGCGUCAUGGCCGUACUGCUUAAAAAUUAUAUGGGCACCUUUAGUAGACGCCUUCUAUAUAAAAAAGAUGGAAAGACGAAAAUCUUCGCUAAUACCAGUUAAUUUUUUAAUCGAUGAUUCAAAUUCAGUUGAAAAACCAAAUUUGAAAGGAGAUUGGUUGAAUUUUUUCCUAUUAAUGUUGCUGUACACGAUGCAAGGUAUACCAUUAGGCAUUUCAUCAGCAAUGCCAAUAAUUUUGCAAAGCAACAAAAACGUGUCUUACAAAGAUCAAGCUUUAUUCAGUUUAGUGGCGUGGCCGUUUAGCUUAAAACUGAUAUGGGCCCCCUUGGUAGACGCUCUCUACGUACAAAAGAUGGGAAGACGAAAAUCUUGGCUCGUACCGGUUCAAUAUGUAAUGGGAGCAUGCUUCAUUUAUAUGGGCUACAAUAUCGACGAAUGGUUGCCAGAAACGCGAAAACCGGACAUAAUGAAUUUAGUAUUUGUAUUUUUCUUCGCAAAAAUGUUGGCCGCCACUCAAGAUAUAGCCGUUGACGGUUGGGCAUUGACAAUGUUAAAAAAGAAUAACGUUGGCUAUGCGUCUACUUGCAAUGCGACGGGUCAAGUGAUGGGUAUAAUGAUAAGCUCUGUGUUUACUGUAUUGUUAACGUCGGAAGACUUUAGCAACAAGUACUUACGGACUAUACCUGACGUGGGAGGAGUGUUCACUAUGAAAAGUUUAUUCUAUGUGUGGGGUAUUCUAUUUAUAUUAAUAACAACAUUGAUUGCAAUUUUUAAAAAAGAAAAAGAUAAUAGAUUAGAGGACGACCAUGUAAAGCUUAACAUCGUUCAAAACUAUUCUUUACUAUGGGAUAUUUUAAAACUGCCAAGUAUUCAAUUAUUGGCAAUAUCGUUAUUGACAGCUAAGAUUGGAUAUGCUGCGACUGAUAGUGUGUCAAUAUUUAAACUCAUGGAUGCGGGAGUACCAAAAGACAAUAUUAUGGUUAUACACACAGCAAUGUUUAUUGUAAAAAUUAUUUUGCCGCUUAUUAUAGCAAAAUAUACUUCUGGUCCAAAACCGAUGAACGUAUUCCUAACAGCAUCACCUAUCAGAUUACUUUGGAAUAUUUCAUUUGUGGCGUUUAUUUAUUAUACACCAGUAAUGAUAACAAUGAUUAAUGGGAUUGUUAAUAUUCCAAUAUAUUACUAUGUACUUUUAGUAUUUAUAUUAGCAAUACAUGAUAUUCUAUCUAACGUUAUGACUAUAGCUAUGAUAGCUUUUUUCUCUCGGAUAAGUGAUUCUCGUUUUGGUGGUACUUACAUGACAUUAUUGAAUACACUUUCAAAUUUGGGAACAUCAUGGUCGUCUUCAGUCGCUAUUGGAAUGAUAGAUUUCCUCACGUUUAAAGAAUGUUCAUUGGAUCCCAAGAAUAAUUGUUCUUCACUAAAUCUAAAAAACGUAUGCGAAAAAAAUGGAGGCGACUGUAAUGUCAUUGUGAACGGCUAUUACAUAGAAACGGGUGUAUGUACCAUGAUCGGAAUCAUUUGGUUUUGUAUUUUCAGAAUUGUCCUUAAGAACAUUCAAACUAAGAAUUCUUCUCAUUGGUUGGUUAAUAUAAAAAAACCUACCAGUUAGAAAAUAAAAUACAUAAAUGUAAAUACAUUUUUUAUUAUGUUCUCCCGUAAGCCAUAACGGGUGAAUAUUUCGAAGGUCUAAAUAUCUAUUGUCAUUUAUUUAUUAUUUUAGUAUUACAUGUCAAUAAUUGUUAUUAGAUAGAUUCUCUAUUGAGACUUUAAUUUAUAAUUGUAUAGUAAUGUUUAUAAUUUAUUCAUUAUUGUUAAAUGUCAAAUUGUAUCAUACUCUUACAUACCGGUAACAUAUCGAAACAUACCUGAAUAAAGUAAAUCAUUGCGAUCUGAAGAUAACUGUAAAUAACAAACCUUAAAAAAAUGAUACCCAUGAAUAAAAAAGUGGUCUGAUAAUAAAUAGAAAAUUUGAAAAAUAAUAUUUCAGUAUUUAUUAAAUGUUAAACGAUUUGUAUUAAAU